AUGCUCGAAACAGUGCCAAAUAAACCUCAAGUUUUAAUAAAAAAUCUUUCUUUUACUUACAACCAUGUAUUUCCACCAGAAGUUUCGCAAGCUGAAUUUUAUGACACUGCUGUUAAGGGUUUAGUUGAUGGAUUGUUUAAGGGCUACAAUGUGACAAUAUUAGCUUAUGGUCAGACUGGCUCCGGAAAAACUCAUUCCAUGGGCAUGGCUUAUUCAGUUGGACCAGUCGAGGAGAUGGGUGUUAUACCAAGAGCAGUAUCAUUUAUGGAAUUAUAUCAAGAACAAUUAUUUGAUCUUUUAUCAAAAUCAAAUAGAGAUCAAAGUAUAGUUGAUAUCAGAGAAGAUCAACAAAAAAGAAUUGUAAUUCCUGGAUUAACCGAAAUUGAAGUACGUAAUGCAAAAGAUACAUUAGAUUGUUUAGUUAGAGGAUAUCGUCGCAGAGCUGUAGGUGCAACUGCUAAAGCUGUAGGUAAACCGGCGACCCAAGCCGAUAACACAAUAGCAACACCAGGCCCUUCGACCUCGCAAGCUGAUAACAGGAAUACGGUUCAAAGGCCACCUCCCAUUUUCGUCUAUGACGUAGACGAUAUCGCUGACAUGACAGGCGAAAUCAACACAAUAAUAAACAGGGAGCAGUACACAACAAAAUCAUUGCACGACGAUAUAUGGAAUCUCCCAGAAAAAGAUUUGGUAUUAUACAGUGUACAAGGUGCCAAUUAUAUGGACACUGUAAAUCCUAUUGCAACAGACCAUUUGUCUGCGUCAAAUGCGGCGGCGACCAUGAUACUUCAAAAU